UGGGAAUGAUGGCGUCACCGCCGCGUUAUAUGACGGCUGCAUAAAGCCGCCGCGCCGCCGGAAGCUGCCCUUCAAAGAUGGCGGGGUUUCCUGUUAUUGGGUCUGCGUGGGGAUCGGCGUGAGAAAUUGCCCCGCGGAGGGGCGGGCGAGAACAUGAACUACAUGCCGGGGACCGCCAGCCUUAUAGAGGAUAUAGACAAAAAACAUUUGGUCCUACUCAGAGAUGGAAGAACUCUCAUUGGAUAUUUGAGAAGCAUUGACCAGUUUGCUAACCUUGUGCUGCACCAGACUGUGGAGCGGAUACACGUUGGGAAGAAAUAUGGGGAUAUCCCCAGGGGGAUAUUUGUUGUCCGAGGAGAGAAUGUGGUCCUGCUUGGAGAGAUUGAUCUGGAGAAGGAGAGCGACACGCCAUUACUUCAGGUUUCUAUAGAGGAGAUCUUGGAGGAGCAGAGAGUAGAGCAGGAAAAGAAACAGGAAGCUGAAAAGGUGAAAGUGCAAGCGCUAAAGGAGCGGGGCCUGUCUAUUCCUAGAGCCGACACCCUGGACGAAUACUGAACUACUUAGCGGAUAGUGCCUCCAAAUGUUUCCACACUGUUACACAUGUCCUGGGUGGACUUUUUUUUUUCCUGGUUUUGUUUUUCCCAUCUGGACUUGUGUGUUGCAGCCAAACUGUACAUUAAUCCUGGUUUCAGUUUGGUAAAUGGUGCAGAUUUGUGCAUAGUGAUGAUGCCAAUAGCACUUAUGUUCCAGGAUCACUGGGUUUGGGGAAGAAUCCCCAUGGAACACAUUUUAUUUUUGUCUGUUUUUAUUUUCUAAUUGAUGUGCUGCAUAUGUUUAUUAUGUAAUAGAAUCACACUAAACACAUUUGCUUUA